AUGCUGGGGCCGUGUCAGCGCCCAAACCACGGCCAUCAAAGUGAUGGACUGCCCCCACAAUGCACUGCUCUCGUCUUCUGCUUCCUGGAACCGGUGCAAAUGUUUGCCAACAGCUGCCAGAGUCUGCAGAGGAUGAGAGCCACUCUGCCUGAGCGUUCUCACAGUGAAGCCUCCAGCUCUGUGCCACACGACAGCCCUCAGAGAUCGGCCGUGCAAACAGCAUCACUCCAGUGUAUCGAUUGUGUUACCCCGAAGAUCCUCUAUGAUACGACCUCUCACUCCGCACGCAGCAAGUCUCAUGAAGCACAUCACCAGCAGACACGGACCCUGCACCUGAUCAAUGCUGUGUCUGGAUUAUAG